GAAAAAGGUCAAAAAGAAAAAAACACAAAAGAAUAAAAUAGAACCCAUUCUCCAUCUCUCUCUUAGCUUUUACAAACACUAACUAUAACACACAGGCCCUCUCAUAUCUGCCAUGGCUACUAAACAACAGCUCCCAAUAUUUUUCUUCAUCUUCUUCGUCAGUAAUACUCUGGUUUUGAACGUGCGAGGAGCUAACUGGUGUGUAGCUAGAAGUGACGCGAGCAACCAAGCUUUACAAACAGCUUUGGAUUAUGCAUGCGCUGCUGGUGCUGAUUGUUCCUCAAUUCUUUCAAAUGGCUUAUGUUUUCUUCCGAAUACUAUUCAGGCUCAUGCUUCUUAUGCUUUUAAUAGCUACUUUCAGAAGAAAUCCAUGGCGCCUGGCUCUUGCGACUUCUCCGGCACUGCCACUGUUGCAAAAACAGACCCUAGUUAUGGAUCUUGUGUGUAUCCAUCUUCUUUGAGUUCUGCCGGAGGGCCGCUUACACCUACAACUGCAAACAACAAUCCAAAUACAGCAACAUCACCGGUGACCACUAUGCCAACUGCACCAACUGCGAGCGAUGGUACCAUUGGACUUAAUCCCGGCGGCUUGACUCCGACUCUACCCACAGAUAAUUCUAAAGCUCCUUUGGCAUUUACUGGAGCAACAGCUUUGACGUCCGUCGCCUUUUUACUGGUUUUCUUCUUAUGAUUGAUGGCAGUAGUAUUAUAAGUAAAAGAGCUACAUUGCCCUCAUCCAAAGAAAAAGAGGCUUGUGCAGUUUUGAUGUUUUGUUUUUAGAUUUCUUUGGUGGAAAUUUUUUUAAAUUGGGAUGGUGUAGGAACUUGUUUUUAAUCUAAUCUUUGUAGGUCCAAAAAAUUUAAUUUUAUUGUUCAAAUUGAUUCUUGUAAA